UGAAGGGUGUGCUAAAAGAGUUCAGUGAAGAAACCAUUAAACACACUAUAGUGCUCACGACUGAUGAGGAGACACACGGCGGUAAACAGGCUUCUGUGGAAGUUAAUGAAUUCAUUCAACAGUUAACUGCAGAGUGUGGAGGAGGACACCUUCAGUUUAAGGAUAAAAAAACAACCCGCUCUCAGAUUUUCAAAAGAGUUAAGAAUACACUGAAGAUAAAAUAUUAUCCUGAGACAAUGAAAGAAACACCAAAGAUCGGCUCAUCAGUGACACAGAAGACAGCGAUCUGUGGAUUCUGAUCUCUCAGAGGAUGAAAAUAUUGAUGAGAGCCAUAAAGAGAAAAAGGAAGAAAGAAGAACACGCGGUUUACCUAAGAUCCCAAACCCUUUUAGCAGGAGAGAGCGAAGUCCAGAAGGGGAUCGUCCUAAUAUGUCAAAGCUGAAUCUGGUUGUGUGCGGGAGCGACAAGACAUUAAAAUCCUCCGCAUCAGACCUGAUCCUGCAGCAGACAGUCAGAAGAUCAGAGUGUGUGAAGAAAGAGGUGAAGAUUCAUGGCCAUCUGAUUAAUCUGCUGGAGCUUCCAGCUCUGACUCGUCUCUCAGAGGAGGACGUGAUGCGUCAGGUUCUCCAAUGUGUGUCUCUCUGUCAUCCUGGAGUUCAUGCUUUCCUCCCCAUUGUUCCUGUUGGUCCACUUACUAAUGAAGACAAAGCAGAAAUAGAGAAGAUCCAGAAGGUAUUUGGCUCCAGAGAGCACUUCGUUCUGCUCUUCACCACUGGUCUCUCUGUUGAAGGACUUGCAGAAGAUUUUGUCAGAUUCAACACAGAAUCUCAGAGGUUAAUCAGUCUCUGUGGAGGUCAGUACAGAGUGAUGGGGUUAAAGGAACCUGAAGACUCCAGACAGAUCCCGGAGCUGCUGGAUUAUAUAGAGAACAUGAAGACUGAACCCUAUUCGCCUCAGAUGUAUGUGAAGACUCAAGAGAACAGAGCCAGACAUGAACUGGAAGAACAACACAAGAACGAACUGGAGAAAAUGGAAAAUGAGAUCAAAGAAUUAAAGCAGAAGAUUCAGUCAGGAGCUGGAGAUAAACAAGAUGAUCACGAGUGUCUGAGGAUGGUGCUGAUCGGGAGGACAGGAAGUGGAAAGAGUGCAACAGGAAACACUAUUCUGGGAAGAGAGGAGUUUGAAAGUGACUUGAGCUCAGAUUCAGUGACGGCUGACUGUCAGAAGGGAGUUGGUGAAGUUGAUGGUCGAUCAGUAGCUGUUAUUGAUACUCCUGGUAUCUUUGACACAACACUACCAGAUGAGCAAGUGGUGGAAGAAAUAGUGAAAUGCAUUUCGCUGUCAUCACCUGGACCUCAUGUGUUUGUCAUUGUGCUGAGUUUGGGAAGAUUCACCAAAGAGGAGAAUGAUACUAUGCAACUGAUAAAGAAGAUCUUUGGUCCAAAAGCUGCUCAGUUCAGCAUCGUUCUGUUCACUAGAGGAGAUGAUCUCGAGAGUAAAUCUAUAGAGGAUUAUGUGAAGAGAAGCAAGUCUGCAGAACUGAAGAAACUGGUCAGAGAUUGUGGAGACAGAUUCCUGGCUUUCAACAACAGAGUAAAACAAGACAGAACUCAAGUGAUUCAACUGUUCAACAUGAUAGAAGAGCUGAAGAACAGUAAUGAGGGUCGAUACUUCACUAACAACAUGUUUGAGGAGGCAGAGAUGUCCAUUAAAAAGAGAAUGGAGGAAAUAAUGAAAGAGAGAGAGAGAGAAAUACAGGCUCAACAUGAGAAACUGAGAGCCAAAUAUGAGACAGAAAUGGAAGAGCUCAAGAAGGGACUUGAGGAAGAGAAAAGAAAAGCAGAUGAGGAAAGAAAACAGAGAGAGAAUGAGUUCAGACAAAAGGAGGAAGAACUGAUAAAAGCGUUUGAGGAAAAAGAGAAAACAGAACGGCAAAAACGAGUGACUGAAAACCAGAAACGAUCAGAAGAAGAAAGACAGGAAAGAGCUGAAUAUCAUAGAAAAAUGGAAGAGAUGAAGAGAGAGAUUGAAAACCAAAGAUCACAGUAUGAAAAACAGCAGAAAGAAAGAGAAGAAGAAGACAGAAAGAGGGAAGAGAAAUACAGACGAGAUCAAGAAAAGAUGAGAAAUGAGAAUGAAUGUGCCAUGGCAGAAUUAAAAAAGAAACAAGAAGAAGAAACUAAAAAGAGAGAUUUGGUGGAGGAAAGGAGGAAUGAAGAAGAAGAGAAAGAGAAACAAGAAUGGGUGAGAAAAAUAAAAGAGGUUGAAAAUAAUAGAAAAGAGAUUCAAGAGGAAAUUAAACGACAGCAGAGAGAAUGGGAGGAUAAAAAUAAACGACAGAUGAGAGAACGAGAGGAAGAGGAAAGAACGAGAAAAGAGAGAUACGAGGAACAACUGAGAGAAAAACAAGAAGAACUGGAGAAAAUGAGAAAGAGAUUUGAAAGAGAGAGAGAAGAAGAACGACAGAAGAUCGAGGAGGAGCGACAGAAACAGAGAAGAGAGAGAGAAGAGAAAGAGAGGGAAUAUGAUGAAAAGAAAACGGAAAUGAAAAGACAUUAUGAAAGACUAGAGCGCGAAAGAAAAGAGGAGUGGGAGAGAAGAAAAAGAGAAGAUGAUGAGAUACAAGAAAAAGAGAGAAAGAGAUGGAAGAAAGUGAUUGAAGAUCUGAAACAUGAACAAGAAGAAGAGAUCAUGCGGAGAGAAAGAGAGGAGAAGGAGAGAAAGGAAAGAGAAGAGAGAGAGCGAGAUGAAAUGAAACGGAAACAUGACACAGAAAUCAGAGCCAUGAGGAAGAAACAUGAAGAUGAAGCCAGAAAACAAGCAGAAGAACUGAAUGAUCUGAGAGAUGGAAAAGAGGAGCUCAGGCAGAUGCUGAAUAAGGAUCAAAAACAGUACGAAUUACUGGAAAAACUCUUUCAACAUUUCAAAGAUGAGAAAAGUGAGGAAGUGGACAAAUUAAAAAAGGAGAUUGAGGAUUUAAAAAAUAGAUGGUGUUCUAUUAUGUGAAUCUGUUCUCAUCCUUAUAAAGGAGCCACAAUUAAAGCUGUGGUGUCCGUGAGCUCCCACACAUCAUGAAAGCAGCACAAACGAUGAAACAUCCAGACCUGCAGGCUUCUAGAGGUGUCAGUCUGUGUUAAAGCAAAUCUGGUGGAGAUGCGUGGUGUGUGCUAGGUGAACAUGAUGAUACGCUAGAUCUGGACCUUUACUCAUCUCACUCACACAAUAAAACCAAUAAAAACAGAGAAAUGCAAACUCAGAAUAUGAUGCAAACCUGCUAUAGCUACAUAUGUUAAAUAACACAAAUAUCCUUUAUUUAAUCCCAUUUUUUUCACUGUAUUUUAUU